AUGGACAAGAGCUUUGUCAUCUGCUCUGUGCCUGCGUUGAGCACUAUCUUGGAGAGGCAGCAUGGUAAUUCCUUUAAAAAAAAAUCUUUCUUUCCAUUAGCACCUGUACUAGAGUUUGACUAUCUCAUCUGUGAAGACUGUGGCAAAGAAUUCAUGGAUUCCUACCUUAUGCAGCACUUUGAUUGGGCAACAUGUGAUAAUUGCAGAGAUGCUGAAGAUAAACAUAAGCUUAUAACAAGGACAGAAGCAAAAGAAGAGUAUCUUCUUAAAGACUGUGACUUAGACAAGAGAGAACCAGUACUCAGAUUUAUUUUGAAGAAAAACCCUCAUAAUUCACGGUGGGGUGACAUGAAACUUUAUUUAAAACUACAGGUAAUCAAGCGUUCUCUUGAAGUCUGGGGUAGUGAAGAAUCAUUGCAAGAAGCAAAGGAGCUCCGCCGUGACAACAGAGAGAAGAUGAAACAGAAGAAGUUUGAUAAGAAAGUUAAAGAACUCCGCCGUGCAGUGAGGAGUAGUUUGUGGAAGAAAGAAGCUAGUAUCCAUGAACAUGACUAUGGACCAGAAGAAAACAUUGAAGAAGAUAUGUAUAAGAAGACAUGUACUAUAUGUGGCCAUGAAUUAACUUACGAGAAGAUGUAGUAUUAUCAUGUUUUUAAAUUUCAUUAAGUGUCUUUUUAAUGGUAUUCUGUAUUGAAGUCAAAUAAACACUGAUUGUGAACAAGCUGUUGCCAAA